AUGCAUGAAGAGGGAAGAUUUGCUGUAGAUGAGCAGGGAAGUGAGCCUGAGGAAGCCAAUGAGUGGGGACCUCUUCUGAAAGACAUGGAGAAGAUGGUUGUGAAGACUGAUAGAUACACGCCUUGUGGACGUGGAAGCAUGCCGUUGAACCGAAGUAUCCAGGAAUAUAUUAAGUAUGGGAUUGUGAGUUUGGACAAGUCAGCGAAUCCAAGCUCUCAUGAGGUUGUUACAUGGGUGAAGGGGAUUCUUGGAUGUGAGAAGACAGGACACGGUGGUACACUUGAUCCACAGGUAAGCGGAGUGUUAACUGUAUGCAUUGACAGAGCAACACGACUUACAAAAAGCCAACAAUCUCUAGGAAAAGAGUAUGUGUGUGUGAUUGAAUUUCAUGGGGAAUGUGAUGAGCAAGGAUUUAGGAAUGCUUGUAAAAGGCUUGUUGGUGCAUUAUUCCAAAGGCCACCAUUGAUGUGUGCAGUGAAGCGGGAGCUGAGGAUAAGGAAUGUGUAUGGAAUAGAGAUAGUUGAGUUUGAUGUAGAACGAAAGCUGGGGCUUUUCAAGGUUUCAUGCGAAGCAGGGACAUAUGUGAGAACGCUUUGCACGCAUAUAGGAAUUUUUAUGGGAUGUGGAGCUGUGAUGAAGGAGUUGAGAAGAGUAAGAAGCGGAAUGGUUGAUGAGUCACAGAUAUACACGCUUCAUGAUCUCCUGGAUGCGAUGUAUCUAUUAAAUACUGAGAAAAGCGAGGUGGCAAUCCGAAGAGUGAUAAAGCCGUUGGAGACUUUGCUUGUUGGAUACCCGAGGAUUAUGAUUAAGGAUAGCUGUGUGAAUGCUAUUUGUUAUGGAGCAAAGCUGAGCAUGACGGGAGUACUUCGAUUUGAUAAGAACAUUAAUGUGGGAGGAGAUGUAGUGGUGAUCACAACGAAGGGAGAAGCAGUGGCACUUGGAGUAGCGUUGGCAAGUAGCCCUGAGAUGAGCAUUGCACAGCAUGGAUUUGUCUGCAAGACGAAGAGAGUGAUUAUGGAGAAGGAUCUGUAUCCAAGGAGCUGGGGAAUGAAGAAUGAGUAUGAGGUGAUUGAGUGA